GACCAAUUCUCUAAAAUUUCUCCUUUUUCUCAUUCUCAUUAAUUCCCCAUUCUGAAAUUUUUUUACAUUUUUAUUUUCAGAGUCUGAGACACAUUGAAAAUUUCUCAUCAAAGAUCCAUAUAUUGCUCUUCUAAAACUUGGUCAUCAAGCUUGAAUCUUUUACUUUUUUUCCUUUCAAAGAUUUGUUCUUUAAGUUCUCUCACCACUCUUCAAUGACUUUCCAACUAUUCUGAAUUCUCAAUCCUGUGUUUUUUUUCAUCCAAGAUUUUCUGAUACCCAUCUUGAAAAACCGCCAUUAAUGCUGGAAAGGGAGCUCCUUUUUUAGUGUUCUCAACUCAAUUCUUUGCUUUUCCUUUGAUCUUUCACUAUUUCUUGCAAGAUUUUUCAGAUGGGUUUCUUGGGAAACCGUCAUUAAUGCUGAGAAGGAAGUUCCUUUUUUUAGUACUCUCAACACAUUUCUGUGUUUUUCUUUGAACUUUUUUCUACUUGCAAGAUUUUUCUGAUGGGUUUCUUGGAAAACCGCCAUUAAUGGUUAAAGGAAGUUCAUUUGUUGGUGUCUGUUGUGUGUUUUGGGCACUCAAUGUUGUGUGAUGAAGCAUGGUGCACCACCACAGAUCUCCUACCAUGGAACCAAACAAGCUUGUGUUUUUGUUACUGUUACCACUUCUUCUUUCACUCCUAGCAGUGGCUUACAGUGCCACUGACCCCAAUGACCUUGCUAUUCUGAACCAGUUCAAGAAAGGGUUGAAGAACCCAGAGCUUCUCAAUUGGCCAGAUGCAGACCCAUGUGGCUCAAGCACAAAAUGGAAUAACACUGUGUUCUGUUCAGGUAACAGGGUGACCCAGAUUCAGGUCCAAGGUUAUGGCUUGAGUGGCCCUCUACCCCAGAAUCUGAACCAGCUCUCCAUGCUCCAAAAUGUUGGCUUUCAAAAGAACCUAUUCACUGGUGCUUUACCAUCUUUCAGUGGCUUAUCACAUCUGCAAUAUGCAUACUUGGACUACAAUCAGUUUGACACCAUUCCUGCUGAUUUCUUUAAUGGGCUCUCAAGUUUGGAAGUCUUGGCAUUGGAUUAUAUCAAUUUGAAUGCCAGUACUGGUUGGAUGUUCCCUACUCAGUUAGGGGACGCAGCACAGUUGAGAAAUCUUUCUUGUAUGAAUUGCAAUUUGGUGGGUACUUUGCCAAGUUUUCUUGGGAAUUUAUCAUCCUUAUCAAACUUAAAACUCUCAUUCAAUAAUUUAUCUGGUGAAAUCCCAGCAAGUUUUAACAAUCACAUGAGCUUGCAGAUGUUUUGGUUGAACAAUCAGCAAGGUGGUGGUGGAUUGACAGGUCCAAUUGAUGUGGUGACUACAAUGAGCUCGCUCAAUAGUCUUUGGCUUCAUGGGAACCAGUUCACAGGGACAAUUCCAGAGAGCAUUGGGAAUUUGAGUCUUCUCAAGGAUCUCAAUUUGAAUGGUAACAAACUUGUUGGCUUAAUUCCUGAUAGCUUAGCUAAUCUUGCAUUGGAUACUUUGGAUUUAAGCAAUAACAUGCUAAUGGGGCCUAUACCGAAAUUCAAAGCUAAAACUGUGGCUUUUGGUUCUAAUAUGUUUUGUAAAACAACUCAGGGGCUUCCUUGUGCCCCGGCAGUUGUGGCACUUAUUGAGUUCCUUGGUGGGUUGAAUUACCCUUCAAGGCUUGUUUCUUCAUGGACUGGUAAUGACCCUUGUGGAGCGUCUUGGUUAGGACUGAGUUGUAGUUCUGGCACUGAGGUUAAUAACAUAAAUAUGCCUAAUUUUAAUCUCAGUGGCACCUUGAGUCCGGCGGUUGCAAGGUUAGGUUCUCUUAUUCAAAUUAGACUUCAGAAUAAUAAUUUGAGUGGUCCAAUUCCAGGGAACUGGACUAGCUUGAAAUAUUUGACAUCUUUGGAUGUGAGUGGGAACAAUAUUUCCCCUCCAUUGCCAUCAUUCAGUAGCACUGUGAAACUUAACCUUGUUGGGAAUCCGCUAUUAAAUGGUGAUCAAUCUCCACCGUCAGGAAACACCCCAUCAUCUGGUGGUUCACAAUCCCCAUCAAACAACCCCUCUGGUUCUAAUCGCAAUGGCACUUCAAAUGCAACAAAAGAACCAAAUAGUUCUAAGAGGUCCAUUUUGGUUUCGGUUGUGGCCCCUGUUGCAAGUGUUGCAGUUGUUGCUUUUCUGGCCAUACCUCUAUCUGUCUAUUUUUGUAAGAAGAGGAAAGACAACCCCCAGGCUCCUAGUUCAUUUGUAAUUCACCCAAGAGAUCCAUCUGAUUUAGAUAACACAGUCAAGAUUGCUGUCACCAAUAACACCAAUGGAAGCACUUCUACAAUGACAGGGAGUGGUGCUGGAAGCAGAAACAGCAGUGGAAUGGGUGAGUCUCAUGUCAUUGAAUCUGGAAAUCUGAUCAUAUCAGUUCAAGUUCUUCGAAAUGUGACAAAGAAUUUCUCCUCUGAGAAUGAACUUGGCCGUGGUGGCUUUGGGGUAGUGUAUAAGGGAGAAUUGGAUGAUGGAACAAACAUAGCAGUGAAAAGGAUGGAGGCUGGUAUAAUUACCAACAAAGCGUUGGAUGAAUUCCAGUCUGAAAUUGCAGUACUUUCAAAGGUUAGGCACCGCCAUUUGGUAUCUCUUUUGGGUUAUUCCAUUGAAGGCAAUGAGAGAAUUCUUGUUUAUGAGUAUAUGCCUCAAGGGGCUCUCAGUAAGCAUCUAUUCCACUGGAAGAGCUUCAAAAUGGAGCCUCUCUCUUGGAAGAGGAGGCUAAAUAUUGCCUUGGACGUUGCUAGGGGGAUGGAGUAUCUCCAUUCUCUGGCUCACCAGAGUUUCAUACACAGAGAUCUUAAAUCUUCAAAUAUCUUACUUGGAGAUGAUUUUAGAGCAAAAGUUUCAGAUUUUGGAUUGGUGAAGCUUGCUCCUGAUGGGACAAAAUCCGUGGAGACCAGGCUCGCUGGGACUUUUGGAUACCUAGCACCAGAAUAUGCAGUGACUGGAAAAAUCACAACCAAAGCUGAUGUCUUCAGUUUUGGGGUUGUACUAAUGGAGCUAUUGACUGGAUUGAUGGCACUUGAUGAGGACAGGCCUGAGGAGACCCAGUACCUAGCUGCAUGGUUCUGGCACAUAAAAUCAGAUAAUGAAAAACUGAUGGCUGCGAUUGACCCAGCCCUUGACAUAAAUGAAGAAACAUUGGAUAGCAUCUCCACAAUUGCUGAUCUAGCUGGCCACUGCACUGCCAGAGAGCCCGGUCAACGGCCAGAUAUGGGGCAUGCAGUGAAUGUUUUGGCCCCACUUGUGGAAAAAUGGAAACCAUUUGAUGAUGACACUGAGGAAUAUUCUGGCAUUGAUUACAGCCUUCCCCUUAACCAGAUGGUGAAGGGUUGGCAGGAAGGAAAGGACUUAAGUUAUAUGGCUUUAGAAGACAGCAAGGAUAGUAUCCCGGCCAGACCUACCGGAUUUGCAGAGUCUUUCACUUCUGCUGAUGGUCGGUAAAAGAGGUACUUUGUUUCCUAAACAUGUUCUUUUGAUAGGUGUAGAUAUCAUGUUGUGUUCUUUCUGUUUGGGAACUCGAUGUCAAUAUGUUUUAAUGCCAUUGUUGGAUUUAUGGUGGAUAAAGUUGGAGAUUUCUGAUGCUUGAGAUCUCAUGUGUAGGCUUUGAGUUUCAACUGUGAGUUUUUACGUGCUAAUGUUGAUGUAGAUAGAGAGGAAUGAUGAUUGGGAAUGUUUGACAAUUAUAUUUUGUUUUCCACUUAAAAGAUCUUCAUCUGUGAGUUGCAUAAAAAUGCUAGCAUUCUU